CCUUUAAGAAGAGGCGGUGCCGACCUGAGAGCGGUGGAGGGCGCAUGCGUGGGGGCCGCUCUUGCCUAAGCCUCCCGCGCGUCUCUAUCAUUCCGGGUGGCCGGCCGGACGAAGAGGAAGUGGCGGCCGUGGUUGCCUCUGUGCAUACCCAGAGUGCCUCGUCUGUAGGAGCCGGAGGCGGCUGGUGGGGUCGGCCCGGGAUGGCGGAGGAGGCGGUGGCGGCGGCGCCAGCACCGUUGCCCCGGCCGGCCGGCGGCAGCAGCACGUACCGGAGCGCGGGGCACUCGGAGGCGCUGCUGAGCGGGCUGGUGGCGCUGCGGGACGGCGGGGUCCUCUUCGACGUGGUGCUGCUGGUGGAGGGGCGGCCCAUCGGGGCCCACCGCAUCCUCCUGGCCGCCGCCUGCGAGUACUUCAGGGGAAUGUUUGCCGGUGGGCUGAGAGAAGUGGGGCAGGAAGAGGUCUGUAUUCAGGGCAUCUCAUACAACGCCAUGUGCAAACUCCUGAACUUCAUCUACACAUCCGAACUGGAGCUCAGCCUGAACAACGUGCAGGAGGUUCUGACGGCUGCCUGCCAGCUCCAGGUGAGGAUCCCGGAGGUCAUCAAGUUCUGCUGCGACUUCCUCAUGUCCUGGGUGGAUGAGGAGAACAUCUUGGACAUGUACAGACUGGCUGACCUUUUUGAGUUGAGCCCCCUGAAUGAGCAACUGGACUCUUACAUCCUGAAAAACUUCCUCACGUUCUCAAGGACCGAAAUGUACCGCCAGCUCCCCCUGGGAAAGGUCUACUCCCUUCUCAGCAGCAACUCCUUGGAAAUCACCUCUGAGAACGAGGUCUACGAAGGGGCCCUCCUUUACCAUUACACCCCAGAGCAAGUGGAGACGGACCAGGUCUCCUUGAUGGAGCCUCCUAAGCUACUGGAGACAGUCCGCUUUCCCUUGAUGGAGCACCAGACCCUGCAGAGGCUCCACGACAAACUAAGCCCAUGUCCGUUAAAGGAGACGGUGGCUGGAGCUCUGCUCUACCACAAGAACGAGUGCCUUCAGCCAGUGCUCCAGAACACGCACACGCAGCUGAGGUCGGAGUUCCGCUGCGUGGUAGGGUUCGGGGGGAUGCACUCGACCCCGUCCACGGUCCUCAGCAACCAAGCCUGCUACUUGAACCCGCUGCUGGGCGAGUGGAGACACUUCACCGCAGCCCUCUCCCCCAGGAUGUCCAACCAGGGCAUUGCCGUCCUCAACAACUUUGUGUACUUAAUCGGCGGAGACAACAACGUCCGAGGCUUCCGAGCAGAGUCCCGAUGCUGGAGGUACGACCCCCGCCACAACAAGUGGUUCCAGAUCCAGUCCCUCCAGCAGGAGCACGCGGACCUCUGCGUCUGUGUGCUGGGGGAGCACAUCUACGCCGUGGCCGGGCGGGACUACCACGAAGACCUGCGGGAGGUGGAGAGAUACGACCCGCAGACCAACACCUGGGAGUACGUGGCCCCACUCAGGAAGGAGGUGUACGCACACGCGGGGGCCGCCUUGGAAGGGAAGAUGUACAUCACCUGCGGGAGGCGCGGGGAAGAUUACCUGAAGGAGCUCCACUGCUACGACCCCACAGCCAACCGGUGGGAUGCCUUGGCCAACAGCCCGGUCAGGCGGGCCUGGCACGGGAUGGCUGCACUGCUGGGGAGGCUGUAUGUGAUCGGAGGCAGCAACGACGACUCCGGCUACAGGAGAGAUGUCCACCAGGUGGCCUGUUAUACCCCCAGCACUGCUCAGUGGACGACGGUCCACCCUCUGCCGGCAGGGCACGGGGAGCCCGGCAUCGCCAUCCUGGACCACAGGAUUUAUGUCCUGGGAGGCAGAUCCCACAACCGCGGGAUCCGCAUGGAUUACGUCCACAUUUAUGACGCGGAGAGAGACUGCUGGGAGGAAGGCCCCCAGUUGGAGGAUACCAUUUCCGGGAUGGCCGCCUGCGUCCUCACCCUCCCCAGAGCCAUCUUGCUGGAUGCCGACAGGGCGGGGCCCGACUGGCCGCAGGAGCGGCUCCCCAGUCACCCAGACAUUUCCUCGGAGGUCUUGAGCGUCUUGGAGUGGGAGGAAUUUGAGAGCUUAAGUGACGAUUAACCUGAGGUUUCUUCCCUAAUGUGGCUGAGCGGGGGCCGUGCCCGCCCGUACUUUGCUGAAGCUCUGUCUGCUUCAGGUCUCGGCUGGUGGGUGGCAGAGACAGCCCCAUUCCCUUGACAGGACUUGCAGCAGUGGCUGGGCAGAGGCGACGAGCUCCCCCCCCCCCCCCCGCCCCAAACUGAACAGGCUGGGUGGACUUGUGGGCCUCACUUGCACGAAUGUGAGCCUUGAACUGCCGGUGACACUGGACGGAUGGCAGGUCACCCACCCGCUGGCCUACGGAAGAUGGCCAGAAGCGAAUGGGGGGUGUUUGAGAACUGAACUCCGCUGCCGCAAUAUCUACUGACUGUAAGAAGCAAGCCGCCUUCGACAGUUUGCCAGCACCAACAUCAGCACACGGUUGUAUUUCUCCCACUCGGAAAGUUGGGGUCCUGCCCUCCCCAGCCGAAGCUUUUCAGCCCAGGGCACAGACACAAGAUCUGGCUGCUGGGGUUGCACCCAGCAAGUGAGUGCAAGCUGAGCCUCGCCUGCUUGGGAAGUCACAGAAUGAGAGCUGGUGUGUGGUCUACAGACACGUGGGCUGAGAAGCUUUGGGUGGGGAAGGCAGGACCCCAGCUUCACAGCUUCCGUGGCGUGCAGGUCGCGGUGACCACCUUAGCUGGCCAUUUCACACGUCUUACAGGAUGAAUGACAAUUGGAAGCACCUUAACUCAACUUUCAAAAAGAUUGUCACGUCCUUGUUUCUGAAAAGACGUUAAGUCUGCAUUGUGUGUGUAUUAAGACUAUAAUUGUAUGGCACUUUAAGUCAGUUCGCUGAUCUUGUUCAUCGUGCUCAGAAUUGUGUUCUGUAGCUUUACAUGAGUUGAGCAGCAGAUUGGUUGGAGGGAUUAAACAAUAACUGGCAAAAGUUGGCUAACUCCACUGAUCUGUUAAUAAAAUGGAGAUGAAUCAUUUAGCAAAAUUCAUGAGACAAUGAGCUGUUUGCCAAGUUAGCGAAAGAGAACCACCAUGUUCCCCGUACCAGCAAUAUCCAAUGCUGGAGGUCACACAGUGGGAAGAAUAAUGCAAUAAUUAUAUAUAAUUUCUCCUCUCUAUUCUUAAGUUUGCAGCUGUGUACUCAGAGUAAAAUGACACCGGGUCUUAGUGGGAGAGGAAUCAAGGCACCACUGCCCGCAUGAAUGUAGUGAUUUUAACAGAAGGCCUAUGCCACUGCUCACCAAAGAAUCAACAUAGUUUCUACUUCCUUCAUAGUACUGCAAGACCUACUUUAUUUUUUCCCCCAAAAAGGAAAUGCACUCCUAAUUCAACAUAUAGAACUAGUAUCAGGUGCAUUGCUGAGAGCUAUCCAUAUCAAGAUGCAUUAGCAACAUUUAAAAAGAAACUGAGUGUCUUCUCUACACUGGUUUUAGUUGGCUAAAAUGUGUGGCACUUUAAUAAAGUUAUGGCACGUUUAAUAAUG